GGGAAGCUAAGAGGAGCUCAGAAGUCCUGGACACACAUUGCCAUCUUCGUCCGCUGGAUUUGACUUCAAUUUUACGUCCUUGAGGGCAUCUCAAGGAGACAACCAGCAAAUAUGGACAGAACACUGUUGUUGCUUUUCAUCCGGAUUUUCCUGGGUGUGGCGGAAUCUGACAGGCCUCUGACAGAUUUAGAAACUAUUGCCGGGAAGCUGGUCUUCUAUCAAAUGGAUGGCAACGCCACCUAUGUGAGAGACAAAGGAGAGCUGGCGUCAGACAUUCCCACCGAGACCAUGUUCGAACUUUCUGAUCCCCAUCAGAAUUUCAGCACGGCGAACUUCAGCUUCACGUGGGAUUUAGGGAACGGAGAGGUAAUCCAGGGGAAUGAGCCUGUUGUCCGCUACCACUACGCUUUGUCUGGAAACUACACACUCCGAUUGAAAAUUGGAGUCAAUAUGUCCAAAUACACGCCUGCAUUAACUGGAAUCUACUCCAAGGAUAUUCAAGUUCUUGACGCCAUUAAAAGCAUUGAGUUGAAGGGGCCUUCCAAUUACGAGGUGUCUCAAACCACCGGCCUUGCUUUCCACGUGGAUGGAAGUCCCCCCAUGUGGGUGUGUUGGAGCUUCCUUCCCCGCUGCGUGCCCGAAACGACGGGGGGCUGCACGCUGACCGUACUGUACGAGAACACCUUGUGGCUCAAUCACACUUUCACCUCCACCGGGGUUCACUGCCUGGACAUCAGCAUCCGCAAUGACAUCAGCAAGCUGCAGACCUCCUUCAGUCUCAUCGUCAGGAAAAACAACGCCAUUAAAAGCAUUGAGUUGAAGGGGCCUUCCAAUUACGAGGUGUCUCAAACCACCGGCCUUGCUUUCCACGUGGAUGGAAGUCCCCCCAUGUGGGUGUGUUGGAGCUUCCUUCCCCGCUGCGUGCCCGAAACGACGGGGGGCUGCACGCUGACCGUACUGUACGAGAACACCUUGUGGCUCAAUCACACUUUCACCUCCACCGGGGUUCACUGCCUGGACAUCAGCAUCCGCAAUGACAUCAGCAAGCUGCAGACCUCCUUCAGUCUCAUCGUCAGGAAAAACAACAACAUGCUCUUCAUCCUGUCCUCUGCUGCUAUACUUGUUGCAACCUUCUCUUUCAUCACAGUCAUCGCCUGCCACCCUCGAUAUCACAAAAGAGCUCAGAUUGCAGCAUCCAGCAACGCUUUGUUCCUGAAGAGGCAUACGGAUGGCCACAGCAGAAUUGUUUUCCACGUGUCCAGUGUUAAAAGAGAAGAGAAAGAGCCACUGUGGGCGCAGAAUGGCACACACUAUUACUCUUAACUAUUCUCAACUAUGAGUGCUUCGAUAGGGCUACUGGAGGAAUACCGUUGCUUGUUUGGUAUAGUUUGGAGAAAAAAAAAUGUAAACGCUGUACAUAGAGAAACAGUAAGCAAGUUCGUACUGUCCUACUGUGCCACUAGGUUGUAUUCCCGCGAUGCUCUCUGCUGUUUGAAUGAAUUAUUUAGUUACCCAUGUAUGUUCACAAGUCUAGCAGGUCAUAAACCACGUGUAAAUUACAUUGUGUGAGGACAAUCAAUUAGUGACCCACUGGCGCUCAAGCUAAACCCCUCAUGAAUUAUUAACUUUAAUAAAGGUCAUUUCAUUUUCAAUGUUAGUUUUCAGCACAGCGGGUAGU